AUGGGUGACUGUGAAGGUGCCUUGGCAAAGUACAAAGAAUCCCUUUCCAUUGACUUGUCCGUAUUGGGCAAGAAUCAUACCUCAGUUGCAACCACCUACAGCAACAUUGGUUCCGUACUUCCAGCCAUGGGUGACUAUGAAGGUGCUUUGGCAAAGUACGAGGAAGCUCUUGCCAUUGAGUUGUAUAUUGGUUCUGUGUUGGAAGAGAUGGGUGACUGUGAAGGUGCUUUGGCAAAGUACAAAGAAUCCCUUUCCAUUGACUUCAUGGGUGACUAUGAAGGUGCUUUGGCAAAGUACGAGGAAGCUCUUGCCAUUCGAUUGUCAGUAUUGGGCAAGAAUCAUCCUGAUGUGGCGACCACGUAUAACAACAUUGGGCUUGUUCGGCGUAAAAUGGAUGACUAUGAAGGUGCUUUGGCAGAGUAUGAGGAAGCUCUUGCCAUUCAAUUUGCUUUGGCAUGGUAUGAGGAAGCUCUGGCCACCAGAUUGUCAGCGUUGGGGAAGAAUCAUCCUGACGUGGGAGUCACCUAUUACAACAUUGGCUUUGUUCUGGAGGAGCUGGGUGACUAUGAAGGUGCUUUGGCAAAGUAUGGGGAAUGCCUUGCCAUUAAAUCGUCAGCGUUGGGCAAGAGUCACCCUGAGGUGGCAACCAGUUACAAAAGAAUUGGCUUUGUUUUGUACGCGAUGGGUGACUAUUCCGGAGCCUUGUUGAAAUUUGAGGAGUGCCUUGCCAUUCGGGAGCCAGCUUUGGGAUCAGAGCAUCCUGACACCUUGGCCUGCCGGGAAUGGAUUGAAAGAGCUAUUGCAUUUAACAAGUGCAAAAGGCAGACUCAGCAAACGCAGCAACCUAGUUUAUGCUGUGUUAAAUGUUUGAUGCACUUUCACCUGGUAUAGCAGCAGCAGCAGUCUAAUGAUGUCCCAUAUUUCAAGCCUGGUUUCCCCCCACUUUCCUCUAAUCUCUAUAUAUUGCCCCUCCCUGUCUUCCCUCUGAUCCUCGUUUCACCCAUCUAGCUAGUAACCCCCCCAUCUUCCCUCCUGCCCUGCCGCCUCCCCACCAUUUCCCACCACCCUACUCUGCCCAGCUUAAGUAGCCCCAUUUGCUCAUUAACCCUUUAACCUCGGCAGUCUUGCUGCCAGAGCCCUCAACCCCUUUAAUUGUUUUUCCUGCUACGGUGGUCCCUGCAGGUAUAAGGGUAGGGUUAGAAUACAAAUAAGUCAGCAAAAACUAAAUAAGUAUCCUAACUAGGAUGGCUAUUUACAUCCAUCCUAGUAGGGGGAUCUGCUUCUACCAGGAAAAACUCUAAAGCCAGCGAAAGCUAUAACUAGUAUUCUAGCUAGCUAGGGGUGUCUGCUUCUAGCUUGCUAUGGGAAUCUGCUUCUAGCUAGGGGGGAUUAGCUUCUAGCUAGCUAAGCAAAAGUUAAGCACUAGCUAAGCACUACAGAUAUCUGCUUCUAGUUAGCUAGCUAUAGGGGUAUCUGCUUCUACACUGAAACCUUCUGCCGAGGUUACACAGCUCCACUGGCUUAUUUAGUCAUUUACCUCGGCUGGCUAACUGCCUGAGUUCUCUACCCAUUUACCCGGCAGUCUAUCGGCCUGGACCUCUGUGGAACCGUCAUUCCUGGCAAAAUACUUAGGAAACGCUACACCAAGGCAUAGGAGACGAUCAAAAUGAUUUAAGAGACGAAAGCAAUCGCCUCCUAUAUUUAGGAGACGAUUCCAUAGGAGACAAUCCAAUUAGGAGACAAUCGUUUUGAAAUAGAAGACGAUCAGAAAGAUUUAGGAGACGAUACCAUACAGUUUACAUGGUACAAUUAGGAGACGAUCCGUUGAGAAUAGGAGACGAUCCGUUGAAAGCAGGAGACGAUUUAAGAGACGUUGAAAGAUUUAGGAGACGAAACGUAUUGUCUCCUAUUUAUAGGAGACGAUUGCUUUAAUUAGGAGACAAUCAAAAGGAUUUAAGAGACGACCGUUAGCACGAUUCGAAUUUCCACAGAGGUCCUGAGCCCUCACAACAUUUUUCGGUAUUUCCUAUUUCCUAUUCUGGUGAAGCCAAAAUAUAGGGAUAGAGAUAGGCAUAAGCCAACCAAACUGGCAAUUGAAGGUUCAAAUGAGUUUAGAGGUAGGA